GAUAUAUACACUGGAGCUUAGAACAAGAUAUUUACCUAAUUUCUGUGUCAGAAUUAAAGACCUGCUGUAGCUAUGAAGAAAGAGCCUGACUGCAUCAUUUUCACCUAGAGGAAGAUGAUAGACAGAAAUCAAACCUGUGCUGCGGGACAGGACGCCGUGCCUUACGUGACUUGUCUGAUCCACGUGCUUGAGGAGUGGCUUGACAUAGAGCACUUGGAGGACUAUUUGAACUUUAUCAACUAUCUCUUGUGGGUUUUUACGCCACUGAUACUUGUAGUCCUUCCUUACUUUACCAUCUUUCUCCUCUACCUGACCAUUAUUUUCUUACAUAUCUAUAAGAGGAAGAAUGUACUAAAGGAAGCCUACUCACAUAACUUAUGGGAUGGUGCAAGGAAAACGGUGGCGGCUGUGUGGGACGGACACGCGGCGGUGUGGCACGGUUACGAAGUUCAUGGGAUAGAAAAAAUACCGGAAGAAGGACCAGCGCUUAUAAUUUUUUAUCAUGGAGCUAUUCCUAUUGAUUUUUACUACUUCAUGGCUAAAAUUUUUAUCCUCAAAGGCAGAACCUGCCGAGUAGUAGCUGAUCACUUUGUCUUUAAAAUUCCAGGGUUUAGUUUAUUACUUGAUGUAUUCUGUGCUCUUCAUGGACCACGAGAAAAAUGUGUUGAAAUUCUGAAGAGCGGUCACUUGUUGGCCAUCUCACCAGGUGGCGUUCGAGAGGCCCUCAUGAGCGACGAGACCUACAACGUCGUGUGGGGCAACCGCAAGGGCUUCGCUCAGGUUGCGCUCGAUGCAGAAGCGCCCAUUAUCCCUAUGUUUACACAAAAUAUUCGAGAAGGAUUUAGAUCACUCGGAGGAACAAGAUUGUUUAGAUGGCUUUAUGAAAAGUUCCGCUACCCAUUUGCUCCGAUGUAUGGGGGCUUCCCGGUGAAGCUGCGGACGUACUUAGGUGACCCCAUUCCCUACGACCCCAAGAUAACGGCAGAAGAGUUAGCUGAGAAGACCAAGAAUGCUCUUCAAGCUUUGAUUGAUAAGCACCAAAGAAUACCAGGCAACAUUAUGAGUGCUUUGUUAGAACGUUUUCAUAAAGCAGAAAAGGUCAAUUAGAAGGUGAUUUAGUAUUAUCCAUUGAUAUGUUUGUGGCUGUGGUACUGUCUUUUGAAUUUUAUAGGUCUUAUAAUUAGUAUUUUUUUAAAAAUCAUGUUAAUAAGCAUCUUUCCUAGAAUUUA